UAGUCCCUGAUUGCAGUCCUACUGGGUGGGUAAAUAGUAGAGGGCAGAGGAAAUGUUGCUGCCAGAAUCCUGCUUUCUAGAACUCUGCUGAGUGUGUAUAUUCCAAAGCCACAGAAAGCCAUUGGUGAUGGUUUACUGGGGACUCAGAAGAGAUCUUGUCCCCAUACUCUCCAUGUGCCAACCUUCUCUUUGAGAUGCAUGCAGUGAACAACCUCAUGCAGAAAUAGCUAUCCCACAAUGACCAUGUAAACAAACAUUCAUGGAAUAACUUGCAUCUGGAGAAAAAUUCAAAUCUUUUGUUCAAAAUGAAAGGUUUCUACCUCCUGAAGUGGUAUCUGGCCUGGUCUAGCAGAAUCAGGACUGAGCAGGAUGAUUAGGCAGACUGGUUGCUUCAUUGGAUGAAGACCUGUUUCCUGGGGCACAGAGACCAACUGCUAGGUUCUUUCUUAAGGUGUCCUUGAAUGAGAGAAACAAGAAAUAGAAGAGGAAGAGGAAGACUUGGAUAAGCAAGAUGUCGCUGAUUGGCUACGGAUCCCCCUGUCUCCACCUUCCUGAGCUGAAAUCAUAGACACACACUGGCUGCUUGGCUUUUCACAUGGAUGCUAGAGUGCAUCAUCAAGCACUUUGCCGACUAGACCAUUUGAGCUCCACUCUGUAGUUUGAGCCCUGCCAAGAACCCUUUGACACACGACUUUGACCUGCCCAAUCAGGGUGGACAGAAUGCUGCUCCUCUGCCACAUUCUUGCUGUGACCAUCCUUCAGCUCUUGAUCAUCUCAGAGAACUGGGUGUUUGCUAAGAACAUCAACUUCUACAAUGUGAGGCCCCCUCUUGACCCCACACCAUUCCCAAACAGUUUCAAGUGUUUUACUUGUGAAAAUGCAGGGGAUAAUUAUAACUGCAACCGAUGGGCAGAAGACAAGUGGUGUCCGCAGGACACACAGUAUUGUUUGACAGUUCAUCACUUCACCAGCCAUGGAAGAAGUACAUCCAUCACUAAAAAGUGUGCCUCUAAAAAUGAAUGCCAUUUUGUUGGCUGCCGACACAGCCGAGAUUUGGAACACACGGAGUGUAGGUCUUGCUGUGAAGGAAUGAUCUGCAAUGUAGAGUUGCCCACCAACCACACUAAUGCAGUCUUCGCCGUAAUGCACGCUCAGAGGACGUCUGGCAGUAGUGUCCCCAGUGUCCCCAGACCCUACCUCCUGGUGCUGGCCUGGCUCUUUAUGCUUCCCUUGCUAUGAUGUUGCGGUUCCCAAGAGAAGCAGAGACCAGCAAUGUAAAGCACAGACACAGUGGACCAGUGAACUCUGGAAGGUCCAUCUUGCACUUGAUAAAGAAGAUACAUUGGACUGCAAAGUAGAAGGAGAAAGUUCGCUUUGCUGAAAUGCUCCUGCAUGAGAUCACAGCACUGAGCAUGAGGACUUGGUAGCAACCAAGAGGACUACCUAACUUCCAGUGUACUGUUCUAGAGAUGCUGCAUUUUGUCAGUUCUAUAGGAGAGCCGACUAGUAUUUUUGACAGCAAGAGUAGCUUGAUAAGCCCAGGCCUGACCAGGCCUUCACCUGGAAGGACUUUUUUGAUCUCAUGGACUCCCUCAGAGGCUGCUGGGUCAGACUCUGGUUUCUGUGGCUAGCUCAGAGCAUCUCUGAAAUGUAACCCUUUUGCCCAUGGGAAAGCAGUCUUUACUAUGUUAACGUUUAAUUACUGUAAUAAGUACCUGAGAUGAUCCAUUUAUAAAGAUAAAUGGUUUGUUUGGGCUCACAGUUUUGGAGAUUGCAGUAUAUACUGGUUUGGAGCCUGUGUUAGAGAGUGAGUAGCCACUCAUAAUAGAAACUUGAAAAGGGGGAGAGGAUGGGCUGCAGAGAUGUCUCAGAAAUUAAGGCCAGUGACUGAUCUCCUGGAGGACCCAAGUUUGAUUCUCAGCACUCACAUAGCAGCUCACAACUGAUAACUCCAGUGCCAGGAGACCCAAUGCUCUCUAUGGCCUCUGUAAGUACUUCAGACAUGUGGUACACAGACAUAUAUGCAGGUAAGACACCCACAUACAUAGUUCUUUAUAAUAAAGGGAAAGGAAGGAAAAAAAGAGAGAAGCAGGGGUGGGAGAGAGAGUGAGAGAGCAUGCACUUAAAAUUCUCUAGUACCCUUCAAGGUCGUGGUCCCAACAUCCUAAAUUCUCUGACUAGACCCCAUUUCCUAAAGGCUCAACCACCUCCUUAAUGGUACCAAUGGGAUGAGGACCAAAGCUUUAACCCCGUAACAGUCAAGAGCCAGACAAUAGUACCCACUAACCACCUAGUUGAUGAAAAGGACAGCUUAGGAGGGAAAUUUCCAGUUAAUUCUAUGACUCCAUUUGCCAAUUACGAGAUGGUUGGGGAAGGGAUGCAAACCUUUGAGUUAUAUAGUGUAAUGCAUGCUGUGUGUUUCUUGACAAAUGUGGAAGCCUCUAAUGAAGCACAUUUACCAGUGUCACUAAAUUUGUGUUUCCAGGCACCAUGGGUGAUACAUGCUGUCUGAAAGAAUAAAAUUUUAUGCUGAUGUGA